AUGCGUUACGAGUACAAACGUCUUCCAACGAUCGACGGCUCUGAUGAUGUCUAUAUACGCCUACUCUGUCUUCCCUCAGGACCAAGAUCAGGAGACAUCAAAUGCAGUCUCAUCACUACGCGUCUCUCCAAAGUGCCGGAAUUCGAGGCCGUGUCAUACUGUUGGGGAGCGCUGCUUGAUCGCGACUUCAUUUACGUUACGGGUGAAAAUGAACAUCGAGGUUCAGCUGUCGGAGCUGCUCUCCAAGUCCCCAGAUCCAUCAUACCGUUUCUGCACUGUGCCCGAGGCCAACAUAAUCGGAAGACCCGGAUCUUAUGGAUCGAUUCGAUAUGCAUCAACCAAAAUGACCCCGAAGAGCGCAGUAGGGAGGUGCUGAAGAUGAGCGAAAUCUAUUCGAAAGCAAUGAGUACGAUCAGCUGGCUCGGUCCAGAACAGGACAGCAGCGAUGAUGCGAUUUCUUAUGCUAUCGACUUGGCCCAUUCCUUGCGGCAGCACAUGUCAAAGAAUAGCGAAACGUCCAAUUCAGACGAUCAAGCGAGUCAUGUUACUACGAAAGUAACUCUAGGUGACCCCAAGCUUGAGGCACUGUUUGCUAUACUCGAUCGACCUUACUUUGAGCGAGCUUGGAUAGUACAAGAAGUGGUUGUCAGCGACCGCGUGUUUUUGGUCUGUGGGGAUGCCGUCAUCAGUUGGGAGCACUUUCUCGGUGCAUUUACGUAUUUCAUCAUGGCGACUCCAUGGAUAUGGGAAUUCUACCCUACCAACAGGCUUUUGCUACUGUAUACACUCAAGCAUACCGACGAUGAUUGGAAGGACCCAGCGAAUUCGAACUGGUUAAAGGUGCUUGUCAGGCUUCGUGGACUUAGAGCAUCUGACCCUCGAGACAAAGUUUACGCUUAUUACGGGUUACAAUGCAAAGAUGGACUAACAGAGCUGGGUAUAAAGCCUGACUACAAGAACAUGACAGUCCAUGAUCUUUAUACUACACUCGCUACAAACGCCCUCAGAGAGGGUCAAGCUGCAGUGCUGCACAUACCACGACUCGUUCGAGCCAGCGACACAGACUAUGAGAGCCAACAGCUCGUACUGAUCAACCUUCCUUCCUGGGUUCCAGACUGGCAGUGCACAGAUCGGACGCCACAACCACUGAUUUAUGGUCGUAAAGACUCUCUACGCGGCUCGUUCACCGGGGAGCACCGUGCUUCAGGUGAGUCAAAACUUGACGUUGCUUUCAAUCUCCUUGCAGACAGUUCGCAAGACCCAGACAGUUACGCACCUCAGGCACUGCCGACAAUGCUUCGGCUGAGGGGCUUCACAGUAGCCAGGAUAGUGCAUUUAACGCAAACAUGGACAUUCCCUUAUCUCAGAGAUCGUCGCCAAACACUGCUUGCGCAAGCACAGAAUCUCCAGAGAUACCGUCAGCAGAUUGCAACGUGGGAGGCUGUUCUUCGCCCACCAGCAGCGCCAGCUCAUUACAGCCCUACUGGUCAGUCUCAGCUAGAGGCGGUAUACGAUACACUCCUAGGAGAUGCAGCCUACUAUCCCCUGAAAACGAGACAGGCCGCGUAUGCUGGAUUUGAGCGACGCCAGAAAAUACUCCGCCUCAUACCUACUUUUCAGAGGCACAUUUCUGUAGGAGUAUAUAUGCUUCUCAUUCUCGUGGAGCGCUUCCUGAAGAUCUUUGGAUACGAAAAUCCUGAGAUCCAAUUAAGAAUGAUGAUGAGCAAUGUACUCAAUCGCAGAGUGGCAAGAUGCGCAGUCGAAGAGACCAGAGAUACCGAGUAUCUUGCGCUUGUGCCUGGCCUUGCUGCGCCCAACGAUCAUAUCAUGUUGGUACAGGGUUUGAGGACGCCGCUUGUGCUGAGACCAAAGGGUCGAGGAAUGGUGACUAAUGAAGCAAAAGAAGAUAAGAUGGUGGACACGUGGGAAUUCGUUGGCGACUGCUAUGUGCAUGGCAUUAUGAAUGGGAUUGUCUGGGAGAAGCGAGCAUAUGAGUACGACAAUCGCAGCAUCAUCAGUCAGUUUUUGCCACCCAACCGGCAGGAACUCGAAAUCACUUUACAUUAUCCUCACAUGUUCUUCGCUCGUAGAAAGCCAGAUCACAUGAAAUUCAAGCAUCUCCCCGUCUCCGAGCGCGCAAAGCGAUUUGAGUGGAUCGAAAACUUGGGUGAGCAUAGCACACUCAAGCCUGUGCGCCUCACCGAGUCGGAACAUGGGUGCAGUGGCUCAUGUAGCUUCAACAUCUACGACAUCAAGGAAAGAGAUAAGGUAUUGGCACCCGAGAAGGUGGAGAUUCCGCAGGUAGUGAGGGAGAGGCUGAGGGCUGCAGGGUUGGAGGUCGAGGUCCGGGCGUUGGAUUAUCGGAAGUUGAAUGCGCGGUAUGGAUGA